UCUCUCAGUUCCGAUGGCGGGGCUUUUGUCAGUCAUACGCCGUUGGUUUGCCGCGAACGUAAAGUAGACUCGAGUAUUCAGGCAGGCAGCGCUACUAGGUGGUAGACCUCAUACCAAGCUCGAUCAACAUGUCGACCUCCGGAUUCAGUUUCACUGUCUCGCUGUGCGAGACCAAGGAAGACCUCAUCCAAGGCCACCGAAUCGCAAUCGAGACCUUUGGCCGCCAGACCAACGACAGGAUUUGGCAGGGCUUCAACCCGGGCUGGGACACGCCCGAGGGCGAGGCGGCCGGCGCCCGACGCUUGGUCGAGCGGUGGGAGAAGUCGCAGGCCGCCGAUCAAAAGGACCAACAGGGCCGCCCCUUUGUCGUCUUUCUCAAGGCGACCGCCCCAGACCCCGCCGACGGGAAGCCCGUCGUCGCCGGCUUGGCCAUCUGGGUGCAGGCUUCGGCCGUCGAGGGCAAGGGUGCGGUCCCCGUGCUGGACGUCGCCGAGGCGCAGGAUCUGAACGAGCUCUGGCCCGGAAACGACACGGAGCAUCAGUACCUCCGCCAGGCUGAGAAGGGUCUGCACCGGAGGAGGAACGAGGUCAUUCGAGAAAAGGCCACCGAGGACCCGCCGGCCGUGUUUGCCUUGGACAUGUGCGUGGUAGACCCCAGGUUCCAGCGACGCGGCAUCUCCCAGUCGCUGGUGAAGUGGGGAAUUGAAGAGGCAAAGGCCAGGAACGGACUGGAGUGCGUUACGGAAGCGUCAAGCAUGGGUCGUGGUUCAUACGCCAAACUAGGUUUCAAAUGGGAGGGCGAGGAGCCCGUAGAUAGUGACUAUGGUUUUGAUGACAGGUUCAAGGACCGACCUGCGCCUCCAAACCUGUUCAUGCGUACGGGGUCCCUGACAAAGAGCUGAUCCUUCAGCCCCAACCGAUAUAGACUGCGCAAAGAAGUUCUGCAAUUUCUCGAUGGAGAAAACUAUCGAAGCCACCAUCUCGACACA